UAUUGUUAAAUAAAUAAAUGGCUGGUACAAAGCGUGAACUGGUUUUUAUGUUAUUAAAUGAAUCAGAACCCUAAAAGCUCGGAACUUGCAGUUCCCCGCAUUGAACAUGAAAGUUCUAUUUGUUUGCAUUGGCAACACCUGCCGCUCUCCGAUGGCCGAGGCCAUCCUCCAGCAUUUGGUUUUGAAACAGAACCUCGAGGACUGGCACGUCGACAGUGCUGGCUUUAGGAGCUGGAACGUGGGCGAGGAGCCCCAAGCUCGUGGCCAGCAAUUGCUUAAACAACAUGGCAUCAAGAUGAAUCAUCUAGGUCGGAUGAUUACUGAUUUCGACUUCUAUGAGUUCGAUUACAUUUUUGGCAUGGACACCAGCAACCUAACCGAACUUCAGGAAAGGGCCAAAAAUCUAGAGCCGCCGCCCAAGUGUAAAAUUCAAUUGCUGGGCAGCUACAUAGGACGCAAGGAGGAUGAAAUCAUUCAGGAUCCCUAUUUUAGCCAAGGAUUGGGAGCCUUCAACACCGUUUACCUUCAGAUUAUGGAGAGCUGUCAAAAUUUUUUGCGUCAAAUUAAGGAGGGAAAUUAAAUUGUAAAAACUGUUAUAUUCAUAUUUUUGUUUCGAUUCCACGAUUUCCUCGAUUUAUUUUCCACUCUGGGGUCUUUAAUAUCAACCAUUUAAUUCAAAUCCUCA